AUCUCGAAAACCUUCGAAGAACGUGCCGCCUUUUCAUGUUGCCUGUAAAUAAAUACAAAUAAUUUGUAAUAUUAUGUCGAUCCAAUACCAACGAUUCUUAAAAGUACUUGAGAAGUGGCCGGCGGAGAAAUCUAAAGUCGGCAGUGAAGGAGUAGCUGCAGGUGUGGACAGACUAGAGCCGGCUAUUAAGAUGACCGAGGCCAAAAUCAUAUCGGGCACAUUGGUGGCCAAGAGCAUACGCGAAGAGCUGCGCAAUGAGGUUAAAUCAUUUGCUCAACGUUUGCCCAACUUUCAACCCGGACUGAGAAUCGUUCAGGUGGGUGGACGUGAGGAUUCGAAUGUCUACAUACGCAUGAAGAUCAAGGCAGCCACAGAGAUUGGCAUUGAUGCAGUUCACAUUCAGUUGCCCAAGACGAUAACCGAACGGGAGUUGCUUGAUAAGAUUAACGAUCUGAACGAUGAUCCCCAAGUGCAUGGAAUUAUUGUGCAAAUGCCUUUGGACUCUGACACGACCAUAGACUCGCAUCGCAUUACAGAUGCGGUAUCUGCCGCUAAGGAUGUGGACGGUUUGCAUACCAUUAAUGAGGGUCGUCUCUCUAUCGGUGAUCUGAAAGGAUUUUUGCCCUGCACUCCUUGGGGUUGCCUCGAAUUGAUUCGACGAACCGGCGUGGAUAUUGUUGGUGCAAGAGCCGUAGUAUUGGGUCGCAGUAAAAUCGUUGGAACUCCUGCCGCCGAGCUACUUAAAUGGGCCAAUGCCACUGUUACCGUCUGCCAUUCAAAAACUCGAAACCUGGAGGAGGUCACCAAAACAGCCGAUAUUCUGGUUGUCGGCAUUGGUGUGGCUGAAAUGGUCAAAGGAUCGUGGAUCAAACCCGGCGCUGUGGUCAUCGAUUGUGGCAUCAAUGUGAAGCCAGACGCCAGCAAGGCUAACGGAACUCGCCUGGUGGGUGACGUGGACUACGAGGAGGCUAAAAAGGUCGCAGGCUUUAUAACCCCAGUUCCAGGUGGUGUGGGACCCAUGACAGUAGCCAUGCUGAUGAAGAACACCGUGCGAUCGGCAGCUCGGGCUUUGGAUCGUCAGACGCGUACCACUUGGACACUUGAACCGUUGUCAUUGAAGCCUCUGAGGCCAGUACCCAGUGAUAUUGUGAUAGCCAGAGCCCAGAAGCCCAAGGAUAUUGCUUAUCUGGCCAAUGAGAUUGGCUUGGAGCCGCGAGAAGUCUCUCUGUAUGGAAAUAAGAAGGCAAAAAUCUCCCUGGACGUCUUGUCACGCUUAAAGAACAAGGAGGUGGGCAACUAUGUUGUAGUGGCCGGCAUUACUCCGACUCCGCUGGGUGAGGGAAAGACCACAACGCUAAUGGGUCUGAUCCAGGCUCUGGGCGCCCAUAAGCGAAGGAAUGUAGUGGCAGCGCUUCGUCAGCCAUCGAUGGGACCAACGUUUGGCAUCAAAGGAGGUGCUGCUGGCGGUGGCUAUGCCCAGGUUAUACCCAUGGAGGAAUUCAAUCUCCAUUUAACAGGCGAUAUACACGCCGUAUCCGCGGCCAAUAAUUUGCUGGCUGCUCAACUGGACACUCGUAUAUUCCACGAGUCCACGCAGCAGGACAAGGCUCUGUAUGAUCGCUUGGUUCCUCGGGUCAAGGGAGUCCGUAAAUUUAGUCCCAUUCAAUUACGUCGCCUGGAACGUUUGGGCAUAACUAAAACAGAUCCCGAUACACUCAGCGAAGAUGAAUAUCGAUCAUUCGCCAGAUUGGACAUUGAUUCCGAUACCAUUAUGUGGGAGCGUGUGGUGGACAUGAACGAUCGGUAUUUGCGAUCAGUUACAGUGGGUGAAUCUAGCACGGAGAAGGGACUAACCCGUCGGACAGGCUUUGCCAUUUCAGUGGCUAGUGAAAUAAUGGCCGUUUUGGCUCUGUCUCGUAGUCUGGAGGAUAUGAAGCAGCGACUGGCCGACAUGGUGGUGGCUUUCGAUAAAAAGGGCAAACCAGUAACCGCUGAUGACCUGGGCAUGACUGGUGCCUUGUCUGUCCUGCUCAAGGAUGCUCUGGAACCAAAUUUAAUGCAGUCGCUAGAGGGCACACCUGUCCUUGUCCAUGCCGGACCCUUUGCCAAUAUUGCCCAUGGCUGUAAUUCCAUAAUAGCCGAUGAGAUUGGCCUGAAACUGGUAGGCAAACAGGGAUUCGUUUGCACUGAAGCCGGUUUCGGGUCUGACAUUGGCAUGGAGAAGUUCUGCAAUAUCAAGUGUCGCACUUCCGGACGUUCACCUAAUGCCAUGGUCUUGGUAACUACUGUGCGAGCCAUUAAAAUGCAUGGCGGCGGCGCUGCUGUGACCCCUGGUGCUCCGCUUAACAAGCAGUACACGGAGGAGAACAUCGAACUGGUGGAGAAGGGCUUGCCCAAUCUGCUGCAACAUAUCUCGAAUGGCAAGGCGCAUGGCUUGCCCGUCGUUGUGUCCAUAAAUGCCCACACUAAUGACACCAAGGCAGAGCACGAGGUGCUUAAGAAGGCGGCACUUGCGGCCGGAGCAUUCGAUGCAGUUGUCUCCACUCACUGGGCUGAUGGUGGUGCUGGGGCUAUUGCUCUAGCGGACGCUGUAAUCAAGGCCUGCGAGAAAGCCAAUAAUUUCAAGCUUCUAUACGAUGCCGAAUUGCCUCUGGUAGAUAAGAUGACCAAAAUAGCCACCACUAUGUAUGGAGCCGGCAAGGUACAGCUCACACAAAAGGCUCUGGAGAAGGUCAAACUUUUGACUAAUGCGGGUUUUGGAAGUCUACCCAUUUGCAUGUCGAAAACUUCGGGAUCCGUUACAGGUGAUGCCAAAAUCAAGGGGGCUCCCAAGGGUUUCACUCUGGACGUGGAGGAUGUAUAUGUCGCCGCUGGAGCCGGUUUUGUUGUGGCCAUGUGUGGAGAGAUUACCAAAAUGCCUGGACUCUCGACUCGUCCGGCCAUUUACGACAUUGAUCUAAAUACGCAAACGGGACAAAUUGAAGGCUUAUUCUAGACAUUAUCAAUCAAUGUGGUUCUAUAUGUAACUUGACUCUUCAUUCCUUUUUAACUUGUAUAUAUGUAAAACUUGACAAAUUUUAUAUGCAUUUCAAAUAUAUAAUAAUUGAGAAA